GAGGCGAAGAACCCCUCAGUUCUCCCGAGCAGCAGAGCAGACGUGAUGGGCGGGAGAACGUGCUGGGAUGAUUCCGCUGUUGCGGGAAAUCAGCUUGAUUUGAGUCUCUUCUCUGAGUGAAUUGUUUUCGGAUGUCACACUGGUGACAGUAUGUAUCUCAGCGGGAUUUUUGGAGUUGCUUAAGGGCGCGCUGGAUCUUUCUUCCUCCUCCUCCUUCCUAUUUUUGCUCUUAUUGGGGGUUCUCCUCUAUAACGGCACUCAGUAUUUGGCGUCUGGUGGUGCCUCUGCACGACCCAGAUUAUUAAAACACAAUUGCAAAAUAAAACCAGGAUGUAAGGAGAAGCGUUGAUGUGGGAAAGAACUUUGGAAACGCAUCCUGAUCCAAACACGGAGCCCUGCUGGUCCCUCCCGCCUAAGCUGGAGAUAGGGAUGGUGUGUCAGGACCCCAGUGGGUACGGAAAUGCGCCAUGUUUGUGAGAGCGAUGAGCCUGGCAGACAUGUCCGGUUUCUUGCCCAGGGGAGAGCAGCUAGCAAUAAAGGCUCAAAGCACUGAUAAUCUGGAAAGUUCUGGGGAGCCUGGGACCCGAUCGGUGGGAACCUCAGCCAACUUGAAGGGGAAGAUGAGCAAAAGGCUUUCUGUUGUGAAAGGUCACUUCCCCAAGCUUGUUGACUGCGCUCACUUUCACUAUGAAAAUGUGGACUUCGGUUCUCUCGAGCUUCGGUUUGCCAAUGAGCAGAGCGAUGCCAGCUGGACCUCAGGCAGUGCCAAAGAUCUGGUUUUCCUUGUGCAGGUGUCCUGCCAGGGUAAGACGUGGAUGGUACGGCGUUCGUAUGAAGAGUUCCGGACGCUGGACGCCCACCUGCAUCAGUGUAUUUAUGACCGCCGUUACUCACAGCUCUUGCCCCUUCCUGCCCUGUGUGAGAUCGGAGAACGGGUGGAGAUCUUCACGCCACUGUUGUCAGAGUAUCUGAACCGUCUCUCCAUGAUCGUGGACAAUAAGAUGAACUGUGGACCGGUUCUCUCCUGGAUGGAGAUUGACAACCAUGGCAACAGGUUCCUGCUAAAAGAGGAAGCAUCUUUAAACGUCCCUGCCAUCGCUGCUGCUCACGUCAUCAAGCGCUACACUGCUCAGGCUAGCGAUGAGAUCUCCAUUGAGGUUGGUGAUAUUUUGUCAGUCAUUGACAUGCCACCCAAAGAGGACACCACGUGGUGGAGAGGAAAGCAUGGAUUCCAGGUUGGCUUCUUUCCCAGUGAAUGUGUUGAAUUAAUCAAAGAGAGGUUGCCACAGUCGGUCAGCGCUCCUGUCAGUAAGCAAGAAGUGGAUGCGCCGGGCUCCAAACCUGGUGUUACCAACACGACUGGGCCUUCCUCUCCAACAUCAUUGUCCAAAAAACACGGCAAGCUGAUAGGCUUCCUGCGCACCUUCAUGAAGUCCAGACCCACCAAACAAAAGCUAAAGCAGAGGGGAAUCCUGAAAGAACGGGUGUUCGGCUGCGACCUUGGCGAGCAUCUCCUCAACUCUGGCCAAGAUGUGCCGCAGGUCCUAAAGAGCUGCUCAGAGUUCAUAGAGAAGCAUGGAGUGGUGGAUGGCAUCUACAGACACUCUGGUGUGUCCUCCAACAUACAGAAACUCAGGCAUGAGUUUGACUGUGAAAAUGUUCCAGACCUGACGAAAGAUAUGUACAUGCAGGAUAUUCACUGCGUCGGCUCGCUGUGUAAACUCUACUUCAGAGAGCUGCCCAAUCCUCUGCUCACGUACCAACUCUAUGAGAAGUUUGCUGAAUGUAUGGGAGAGAUGACAGAGGAGGAGAGAAUGGUGAAAGUACAUGAUGUUAUCCAGCAACUUCCUCCUCCUCACUACCGCACUUUGGAGUACCUCAUCAGACACCUGGCCCGUUUGGCCACCUGCAGUGGAGAGACGAACAUGCACAUUAAGAAUCUGGCCAUUGUCUGGGCCCCCAACCUGCUCAGGUCCAAAGAAAUUGAAUCAGCAGGCUUAAACGGCGCUGAUCCAUUUAAAGAAGUGCGCAUCCAGUCCGUGGUUGUGGAGUUUCUGCUCAGCAAUGUGGAAGUUCUGUUCAGUGACUCCUUCACUUCCGUUGGCCGUUUCAGUGCAGCACGACAGUCUCUGACCAGACCCAAGUCAUUUGUGUCCACCAGGCUUCUGUCUCUGGAGGAGGCGCAAGCUCGCACACAAGCUCCGCUUCUCCUCCAGGGAUCUCCUCAUCACUCUAUCAGCCAGUUUCACACUGUACUGGACCUGCCUGCUGACAAGAGGAAAAGAGGGAUGAAGGUCCGAAAGUCAGCAGGUGGGAGCUGGAAGACGUUUUUUGCCAUUGGGAGACCUACAGCGGCAGGUCGACGCAAACCCACCAGGAUCACCUCUUUGUUCCAGCCUGCUACCUCUCAUGCAGGUUGCAGGGUGGACAGUGUGACGCUCAGGUCAGCAAAGAGUGAAGAGUCCCUGUCAUCUCAGCACAGUGGAGCAGGUCAGGGAAAGAUGCAGCGCUUACGAAGACCUCGCUCCAGCAGUGAUGGUCUCUCACUGGCUGCUUCUGUUGAUCCGCAGCGCCUUCCCCAGCAUUCCCCAUCUAGAAUCCAUCCAAGCCGCUCUUACGAUAGCCUGCUGCCUGAGGAAACCCAUGAUGUUGAUGAAAAUGAAGAUGAAGAUGAAGAAGGUGUGUACAUGUUACCUGAUUUUUCCCAUGAACCAUCAGCCUCAUGGAUGGCAGAAGAUGUCAUUGACUUUAGCCCCACUUUCCUGGAAGAUGGGCCAAUAGGGUUAGUUAGCACAGCUGUCGAUCCUAGCGGCAAGGAAUCCCCUCCUGCGUCUGCACCCCCUCCCUACCGGUGUCUGAGCCAUCAAGUCCACACCCAGUCUGGUAGCCAGCGCUCAAUCACAGAAGAUCCAGAUUCAGUUCUCAAUCAAUCUGAGGCCGCGGCCCGCCGGAGUUUGAUCCUGGCUGCAGCCGCUCCACCUCAGCAAGUGUUCUGUCAACACAGGCCGUCUGCAGCCACUAAUGCUCCCGUAAGCACAGCCCAGCAGGGCGAAUCAAAUCUAAGCCCAUCCCACAGCCAGACGCCAGCUCCAGCGACCUCUGCACCCCCAUUUCACCCCCCUCAAGAGAGGCGUUCCUUUACACGUAAAGUGGUAAAUGCACUUUCACCUAAAGUGCCAAAAUCCCCCCCUCUGGACAUCUCUGAUCCGAUCGCCAUCAGUGUACCUGCCAAGGUUCUGGAAAUGAUUGGUGGACGAGCUGGUGAAUUGCAACCUGGACUUCCAAGCAGUGGACCACCUCAGCCACCCCAAAUGAUAUCUAUGCUCCUGAGGUCAUGUGAUUUUCAACUCACGGAGAGCUGCCAGCAAGAGCUCAGCAAUAAAUUGGGCCCCAUCGCCAAAACCAAGGGUCCUAGUAUCUUGGGUCCCACUGGUUUUCCCCUUCAAUCACAGCAGCCCCCUCCUCCUCCCCCCAAGAACCCUGCACGCCUCAUGGCUCUGGCUCUGGCUGAAAGUGCCAAUAAGGCACUGCGGCAAGGUGCCUCACCCCCAUACCGCCCCCGUCAAAGUGGAACCUCCCAUGAGACAGACGCCCACUUCCAGAGGUCCCUUUCUGCUGAUGCGGGUGCUCUGCUGUCUUCUGAUCCUAAUCAGAUCUAUUCCACGGUGCGCCCCUUGUCUGUAUGGAAGACUGAGGGUGAUGAUGAUAAUGAUGAUGAUGAUGGUGAAUCUGCCACUAAAAAGCCUGCAGACAAAUCACAUGGUACAAAACCAAGGUCACCACCUGGGCAGGACACUGGAACUCUCUCUUCUGACAACUCAGUCUCUGACUUUAGGACAUCCAAUUCUGAGUUGUCAGCUGCCAGUUCCUCUGAAGACAGUGAGCGGACACCAAGCCCCAUUUACAAGAAUGAAGAACCAGCUUCUCCAGCACAGCCCUCAAAAUCCAGCCCACCCUCUUCCACCGAAGCUAUCCCUUCUCAGAGAAAACCCCCGGUGUAUGGCCGGCAGUUUUCUGCUCCACAGCUUCAGCAGGAGAAAUCUAGCAGCCAGUCCAAGCCUGCACCCCAACCACACACUCAGCUUCUGCAUUCUAAAUCCGAGAGCUCUCCACUGGCCCAGGUACGGGGCUUUCAGCCCACUCGCCCAAAAGUUCCACCCAAGCCACCUGAUCUUGCUCCCUUGAGGGCUCCACUCUCUCAGACUGACCGGCAUGAUUACACGCGUCGCUCAUUGGAUGCCAGUCGCAUUCGACGUUUGGCAGGUCAUCCGCAAGGGAACACACCACUUUCCAGAGCUUUCUCUGAGCGUAUCAGCAGUACCUCUGACAUGCUGUCUCGAUAUCAUGCAGCCAGGAUGGUCAACCAAGCUGCCCAGGUUGCACACCUUCCCCAACAACUGCAACAGGCCCAGUCCACUCCAGUCAGACCAGUUUUCCCCUCCUCUGAAGACCCUUCAAAGAUGGAAAACUUCUACUAUGAAAUUGGUGCACCUGAGCAUCCACAAGUGCCACCCAGCUAUACACGCCACAGCUAUCAAAAUAUGAAGCUGGAUCUGGAGGGAAACCUUCGUCUUACUAACCCAGCCAAUCAAAGGCCUAUUUCCAGGGGUUGCCCUCCUCCCUACAACUCCCAAGGACCUAGGGGCUGUAGGGCUCCCCAACUGUGGUCAUCUGAGGCCACACGAGCUUGGGCCGCAGCACACUCUCAUUCUUUCUCAUUUUCUCAUUCUCACCAUUGCUCUCAGGAUGGAUCAUCAGGACAUCCUCCCCACCCCCGUCCCCAACGUCAGACAUCAUCAUCUGUCAGGUUGUCCCGCAGUGAAGUGCAUCCCAUAUCCACAUCUGUUGGAGUGGGUUCCUCUACUGGCAUGGUGCCUCUGUCUGUGCACCAACGUAGCUUGAUUCGCUCCCAGCGUUCCCCUUCAGCAGACCACACUGCCUCCCAGCUUCACCCCUACUUUGAAAAUGGGAAAGUGUGUUACCGGUACUUUGAGGCUUCCAGACCGGAAGACUCGCCACUGAAUCAGCAUCAGCAUGCUGUUUUAAAGCCGUCUAAGGCUUCACCAAUGCAAGGAAUCACAAAAGAUCAGCCUGAGCACAUCUACGUCAACUACCCUUUCCCAAACCCACCAGACUCAGUUAAUUCAAAGGGCUGGGCUACCACAGACCUUGACGAAAAUGAUCAUCAAGUAUCUGAGAUGAUAGAACCACCUUCCAAGUCACCACCGAAUGACAAACAGAAACAUUCGGAUCAAGAAAGUCCUACAGCUAUUUUUGACAACCCCGCCCAGAAUGAUGUGUCCCAAGAUUCCAAAGUGAUCAAUAUAGCAGCGUCUGCCUUCAAUGCCAUGCAUUUCCGCAGUCGCUCAGAUCCCCAAAGUACCAGCUCAGAGCCUGCUCAAGUCCUUACUGGGAAGGAAAUUGCCUCCUUGCUAAUUGAAAAGCUUGUAGAGGAUGAAAGGGAGGGUCCUUCUGUGCCAUCCUCUUUGUCCUCUUCUCCGCACAUCGAGCACCCUCCAAAUCCCUACCCUAGCCAGCAGCAGCAGCUUCCACCUGCAUACAAUAUCUACACUCCAGGACCCUCUCGAGGGCACGAUGAAGGUCAGGUGCCACCUAGAGAGGUAUCAGGACCUUUCCAACGUCAAGACCCCUUGCGGAGAUCUGCCGGAGGCCAGUAUAGACAAGCUUUUGACGUCAUGCCAUCUGGCAACCAAGUCCUUAAGUUUUACAGAAGCCAAGACUUUAUCCCAGGCGCCCAGGGAGAAAGCAAAACCCCUAAUCCUUAUCCCCCAAGACCAUAUUAUCAGGACCCACCAUACCCCAAUUGGAGCCCACAAGGCCUCCCAGACUCUUCCCACACAUGCACUCCACCUACAGUGGCCUUUUCCAACUUAGCGCUUGGAUCGACAAGAGGAUAUGGGCCUCAGAAUGUGGCCAACCAAUAUAGCCAGUACCCGUACCAGUCAGGGCCAGCGCUUCCCCAGUAUCCCAACACACCACGACGAGAUAUUGUCCUGGAUCCUUCUCUCCAUCCUCCGGGGUUGCGAAACCAGAGAGGCUUAAACCGACAGGGAAGCUUGCCAGGCUCCAACUGGACCAUCCAAACUGAAAGCCAGACCCGUAGUUAUUGCUAAAGAGCACAACUGCCACAAAAAAUAUCCUGUGUCUUUAGAUGAUAUGAUUUAGACCGGUGUAAGCACUAGACUUUUAUGUUUCCUGUACAAGUUAACAUGUUGUGAAACUAAUUGUGUUAACCUCCCCAAGGGGAGAACGAAUGUACAGAAACAAAGUUAAUUGGGGUAUGUCUUUACUAGUGUUUCUGUCUCAGAAAGACCCCAUUGCUGUCCUGCGAUUAGUGUGUGUAUUGGAGUGGAAAAAGGAUCAAAGAAGUGAACCGUAAAGUGGCUUAGAUAUGAAAACAUUCCAUUACACACUGUGCUGUCCGGCAGAGGGAGUCAGAGAGGUACAGUAAAGAGCUGCUAUUACUCUGACAGGACGUGGCUCAGUGGCUAAUUUUUGUUUUUCUGCUUUGGGUUUUGUUUGAUUUAAGGUUCUGAUUGACACUAACUCAUGCUGUACAGGGGCACAAACUUGAUAUAUCUUUCUUCCUCCGUUCAGAAUAAAUAACCUCAAGAGAUGCUGGUGGUUAUAUGAAACUUUAUGAGUAUGGCUAGUUUUUGUUAUCUUCAAUUUUUUUGCAACAGUGGGAUAUUAUUUCCAUUUCAAUUGUUUUUGUUUUCUAAGUUAUUGUAAGUUUUCAAUGGAAUGAGUUCUUGUGAAAUAGUUUUAUUUUGCAUUUUUGAAUUUUUUUCAAAGAAUGUGAAGAUUCGAACUUUGAGUUUUUUGUUUUAAGUUCUUUAAAGUGUGUGAUGAAUGUGUCUUGCGCAGAGUGUCUGAUGUUAAGCACAUAAAAAGGAACAGUAAUUGCAGAUUUUUUGAGAGGGUGUGUAAUUGAUAAAGUAAGGUACUGUUUUCUGCUCACUGUCAAAUAAUGUGUCAGAUGAUUUGUGUAUCAAUAUUGGCGUUCUAAUUCAAUGCAAGUAUUUCGGGUAGGUCAUUUCACAAUGCGUCACUCCCAGACAUCUAUGGGUUUCUGUAAAGGAGGAAUUAAAUAAUUGGUACUUUUAACCACAAAACCCUGAAAAUUCCUUCAAUGCCUACAACACUUGUCCUAGAAGAAUGAUAUAAAUGUAAUCUUAGAAAAGUUGUUUUUAUCAGACACCGCAGAUACCUAUGUUACAGUUUUUUUUAUUCAGUGCUAUAGUUCCUUUCAGGUCAUUAAAAAUGUCCUGGAUAUUCUUCUCAAAUUGACCAGAGAUGGAAUCUCUUUUAAGAUUUGUUUAAUGAUUGGUGCCUUCUCUUAAUAAUUGAUAAUUUUUUUAAAUAAUCCUUCGUUAUGAAAAAAACUAAUAUUGAAGAGCUAGAUGAAAUCCCUGUUCUAAGCCCAGUUUCCCCUAUUUAGAGUUUUCCAAAGUUCCGCACUAGCAAAUUCUAAAUGAGGAAAAAGUGUGUAUGAGUGAGAAUGUGACACUGUGUGUUUGCAUGUCUGUUGUUUUAAUACAUAUCUAUGCAGUGAAUAACCACGGGGAUACUUUCCUUAAAAAACACUAAAAAUGAAUGCUACCUAUGUAUGUAAGCACACCUGUGAGCGUGUACGUUCCAGUGAGAAAGCUCAUGCAUGUGGCUAAUUAUGUGUCCAAUAAUCUCCCCUUCAGCCUUUAGCACUUGGCGAAAGGCAGUUCAUCCUAUUUUGUAAUAUUUUCAAAUAUGUGAAUUAAAAUCUUGGACACUCUCAGUGACAAAA